CCUGGGCUGACGGCGACUCAUUUGCGUGAUGGCGGCGAGUGCGUUUGGUCGGGUGGCGGGCUUAUCGGGCGCUCUGGCCGUUGGGCUCGGCGCUUAUGGGGCGCACGGAUUUCGGCGCAGUGACCGAGAUGAUUAUUUGAAAGAGCUGUUUGAAACUGCAAACAAGUACCACUUCCUCCACAGCCUGGCACUCCUGGGUGUUCCCCACUGCAGGAAACCUCUGCUGGCUGGCUCCUUGCUGACCUCUGGCAUGGUGAUGUUCUGUGGUUCCCUCUACUAUCAAGCUGUGACUGGAGAUCCAAUGUUCACCAAAGCUGCACCAUAUGGAGGAACUAUUCUAAUAGUGGGCUGGGCAGCCAUGGCACUCUGAGGUUGGCAGGAAGCAGGGCAAGGGAGCACACUGAACAGUCCAGGUGGAAUUUGACAGGGUUCUAGGGUACAAAUUGGAGUGGGAGCCCCUCACCCCAGCAUGUAUUUGGGGACCACCCUCUAAGGUAUCCAUGAGAAGCCUCUACUCAUUCCACUGGUCUGAAGCCAGUGUUCCAACUUGCUAGGACUAUUUUGAUCACUUGCUAUGCUAAGUUGUUGAUCUUGCCUUCAAUCCUUCUGUUCUGCUUUUGUCCAUUCCAUCUUGUCUCAGUCUGCUGAGCAGAGCCUGAGUUGUGUGCUCAUUAACAGCAGAAUAUCAACCCUGAUAUGACAAGUCCAGAAUCCAUUGUAGAGGAUGGCUCACCUCCACACAUCACAUUGGCCUGCCCAUAGGCCAAGAAAAAGAUUAGUAUUGCUGAAAGGACCGGUGUUCUCCAGUUUGUCCUGAUGAAAGGCAAGAAUGCCAAAUAUCAAAGGAUGGAUGGUUUUUUACUCUGGGUGGGAUGGGGAGGAAACACGGGACUGUUUGCAGUUUGGCUCUAGAGUUGGUCCUGACUAGCAUGACAAAUGGGAUUCGCAACAUGUAUCUUUUCAGCAAAUUUGUUUUGUACCAGAAAUAACUGACAUUCAGGCUGAGGCGGUAACUUAACAGACUCAGCUGUUCCUGGUAGCCCCUUUUUUCAGGAGAUGGUUGUGGGGGCUUGUCUGAAGUGGGCAAGAUCACAAGGUGAAAAAUCAGACCAUGUCCCCUGAUGCCAGUGAGCUGGGCAUCCCACUGGCACUGUCCUGCACUGGGUUGAAUCAUUGAAGGUACAGAUUCAAGGCCAUUGUCCUUAUGGAAUAUUUAUCCAAUUCAGCAAUACAGUUGAAUACAAUGAUAACCUCUAAUGGUGGGAGCAGGGGGAGAAUUGUGACCUGUUGCUACUCUGACCCUUUCCUAUGGCCUGAUUUUAGACUUGAUACCUGUUUUCAGGAGAGGAAAAAACAAUGUUACUAGUCCCUCUGCUACCUUUAUUUGAGCUUCAAAUUCCAAAUCUGCUGUUCACUUGUCUGGUCUGUCUCUGGGAGGACACUUAGCAGGUGCACUUUGGAAUUACUGGAUUUAUAUAAAUGGUGACACUAACUAGAAUGUAAUGCAGUGCAAGGUCUGGUGAUGUACCUAAAUUCACUGAUUUUUAAUUCAGACUUUUGUACAAAAGCUGUAUAAAAUGUUUUUAUUGGCUUGUA